CGUCCCCUCGUUUUCUCUUCAACCAAGCACAAAACUUUUUGCAGAUGUAAGAUUCUUCAUCGCAUUUCUCAGAAAGCCCAACACUUUCGAAGUCCCGUAGAGAGAGAGGGAGAGCCUUCGGGUGUGUUCUGGAAACCAUAAAGUAGACAAAAGGCCUAAAGGCUGAAACUUCUUUUCUGGCCCAAGCUCCUGGGCUAUGGUUUGAUUCGACGAGUACCAAGAUCUUCAGUGGGGAAGGAAAAAGUUCUAGUUUUUUUUAAAAAAAAAAAAUCUUUGGGGGUACUUUGAUCGAUGUGACAUGCGGUCUCUAGCUCUCGCUCUCUUUGUCCCUUCAGAGCUCGAGCGCCAUGGAGGAAUCGGAGGGAAGAAAACCCAUAGCUCUGUUUAUGGCUUUCGGUACCAAAGGCGAUGUCUACCCUCUUGCUGCCAUUGCUGCAGCUUUCGGUUGUGACCAACAACAUUAUCGAGUGAUUUUGAUGUCUCAUUCGGCUCAUGAGAACCUGAGGUCUCACUUGAACAAAGGAAACGUUGAGUAUUUUCCUAUCUCAUCUCCUCCUGCUCUGUCAAGUGAAGCUCACGGAAAUGGCGACGCCACAGACUCGUCGAUGGUAAAGUUUUUGGAAGAGAAGCAGGAGAUAAAAAGGGAACACAAGCGAGAAUGUCAUUCUGCAUUCCUUAACAUCUUUGGGAUGAAUCACUGUAUGGACAGAGAUUUCGUGUUGAUAAAUUUCUUUGCACUGGAAGGAUGGAGCCUUGCAGAACUUUUUCAGAUCCGUUGCAUGGUGGCUGCACCCUACGUUGUUCCGUAUAGUCCACCAUCAGCUUUCGAACUACGGUUCAGAAGGGAACUCCCGGAGUUGUACAAGUAUUUGAAAGAAGCCCCCAUUGGCAAAGUUAACUGGAGUGAUGUAAUCCAUUGGAUGUGGCCUCUUUUUACCGAGGAAUGGGGUUCAUGGAGAUACGACGAACUCAACCUAAGCUGUUAUCCUCUUGCGGAUCCAGUAACAGACCUUCCGAUUUGGCAAAGUCGGUCACCAUCUCCCCUGCUUUUGUAUGGUUUCAGCAAAGAAAUUGUUGAAUGCCCUGAUUACUGGCCAUCGAGUGUCCGAGUUUGUGGCUUUUGGUUUCUGCCAAACGAGUGGCAAUUUUCAUGUGACAAGUGUGGAGGCGGUGCUGAAGAAUGUUCUCACGAAUGCGCAACUCAUAUUGGGUUGUACAGUUUUAUGUCAUCUCUUGUGCCAACCCUGCCUAUCUUUGUAGGCCUGAGUUCUAUUGGAAGUAUGGGUUUUGUGAAGAAUCCUCAAGCCUUUCUUCGGGUGCUCCAGACUGUUACCGAGAUUUCAGAUCACAAAUUUAUCCUUUUUACAGCGGGUUAUAAACCUUUGGAUGCAGCAGUUUGGACUAUUGCUUCUGAAUCAGCUCCAAGGGGGGAACAGCCGGAUCGAAUUGGAGUCUCUAUCUUCAAUGGCAACAUUUUCUGCUUCUCUGGAAUGGUACCAUACAACUGGCUGUUCCGAAGAUGUGCUGCAGCAAUUCAUCAUGGUGGCAGUGGUACUACUGCUGCAGCAUUGCAUGCUGGAAUCCCUCAGAUAAUAUGUCCAUUUGUGAUGGAUCAAUUCUAUUGGGCAGAAAAGAUGUAUUGGCUUGGAGUUGCACCCGAGCCACUUAAAAGAAACCACCUGAUUCCAGAGAAACUAAGUGACGAUGAUAGCAUCAUGGAAGCAGCUCAAAUGGUGGCAAAAGCCAUAUCCAGUGCGCUAUCUCCAAAAACCAGAGGACGAGCUGUGGAAAUUGGUGAAAGAUUGUCUCAUGAGGAUGGAGUUUCAGAAGCAGUUAGAGUUCUUAGAGAAGAGGUGUGUGUGACAUUAUGAAGCAGCAACCGGAACUUUGAUGAGCGUAUGGAUGAUCGGAACCAUUCAUAUUCAAUUCUCAAGGGAUGGCUCAGAUUGAACGUUAAAUAUGGUUCAGGUUCUAUCAUUUUCCUUUGAGCCGCUCGGAUGGAGAUGAACCACAGGGCUGGGAAGGGCAAUGGCACAGUCGAUUUGUUCUAGGCCAUAGUAGAAAGCAGAGGUUGAAUCAGAGUGAAACCAGUUUUCAUGAUUCAUAGGCACUUAAACUCUUGAACAGACCCUGAGAUGAGAAGCUCAUUCUGGUCAUAUGAUGAGGUAUUUUGAUAUUUCCAAAUCA